UAAUUGAAUAAUUCUCUUGCAGAGUGAUUUUGGAAGACCAACUAUUGAUCUUGGUGUACACGACAUAGCAGCACAUGGUUAUGAGGAUUCAGAAGUGGAGGAGAGUUCAAAUCUCAAUGCCCCAGCCACACCCUCCAUGAGUGAUGUUGACGACGGAGAAGAAGUGGACUUUGGUAUCAACAGGACAUUAUCUGACAGGUUGGAGGGAAUGAGUGCUGAGCUGCUAACUCCAGCAGCCAGUGCAACAAAGGCUGAGGCCCAAACAGGAGGUGUGGCAGCCGUCAGCAGUAGUCUAAGGACAAAGGCUGGAGUUAAGAGUGACAUCUUGGUUCAAGACCCAAAAACUAGGGAGGCUGGCGGAAAAACAGACAUGUCUGAAGAAGAGAGAUUACAGAGGGCCAAACUUCAGGCAGAGGCGGCUGAAAGGAGGGCGUCACAGCAGAAGGAAAACGAAGUAGCGCAAGGACAAGAACAAGAAAGACUUGCAAGAGAAGCAGCGAAAGCCAUCGAAGAUAUGAGAAAAGCCACUGAAAAAGAACUGAAUGAAGCAAAACAGAAGCUACAGGAAGAGAAAGACGACGCGUUUAAGAAUCUCGCAGAACAAUAUCAAAAUGAGCAGGACAGUGAGGAAGAACGGUUAGCAAAACAACACGAGUCUGUCAUGAAAACACUCGGAGAGAAAGCAAGAGAGGACGCGUUAGAAGAAGAAGCCAUGCUUCAGGAAGGCAAGCAGGACGCCAUGAGGAAACUUAAACAGCAGUUACAAAGAGAACAAGAACAGGAAGAAGCUGAACUCAGGAAGAAAAAGGACGAGGCUUUGAAACUGCUACGAGAAGAACUGGAGGAGCAGGAAGAACAACAGAACGACAAGAUGGCGGAUGAACGAGAAAAAGCCUUGCGAAAAAUGCGGGAAACGUUUGCCGCCGAGAUGGAAGACGAGAAAAAGAAGCUAAAAGAAGAGCAGACAGAGGCAAUAGAUGAGUUGAGAGAGAAACUAGAGAAAGAAAAAGAGAUGGCGUUGGAGGAACUACAACAAAACAACGAGUAUGAACUCCAACAAUUGAAAACGGAAUUAAGCGAAAAACACGAGAAGGCUUUAGAGGAACUGAAGACCGAGCUGGAAGAAGCUCAAAAUAACGAGUUAGCUGCAGUCAGGAAAUCUGCUGUAGAGUCUAGAACUAACUUUACCAUGAGCAUGGACUCACUGGAUAUCGAGGCUCAGCAAGACUUUUUAAAAAAGAAAAAGGAUUUAGAGGCAAAGCAUGAAGAACAGUUAGAAUCGUUGCAGAAUGAGCACGAGAAGAAAAUUUACAAAAUAAAACAGGAUUGGAAAGAACAGGUAAAAUAA